AUGGCGCCUUCACUGCUCAGCGUCACUGUUACCAGGAACAAUUACGAAAAUACUCCAGAGCAUCAUGUGGUCACCAAACCAUCAGCAUCCUGGACAUCUAUACUCGGGCCAUUGACCUCCACUUCGAACAAAGAGAAGAUCAUCGGCAAUCGCAGUAGGAGUCGAGAUAGAUCGCAAACCGGCAAUGAUAGCAUCGCGAGCUUUAAGAACCCAUGGCCAAGUUUUCAUAAGCCCACGCCUCAGGAGACCUGGAACUCACUGGCUUUCGGCGUUGAUGAAGAUAGAAGCAUAGAUCUUGCUGCCUCUCAUGUUCCGGGAGCGCCCACGGAAGGUUCGACAAAGGCGGAUCGAGACAAGCAAGCCGCUCAUUUGCUGGGUGUCGAGAAGCCGGACUUUUCGUUCGAUGGUAAUGAACACAGAUCUAAAUCAACAUGGUUAGGGCAUGCUUCCAUGCUGCUUCAAUUGCCAUCACUGGAAGCCGACGGAACACCAGUACGAGUCUUGUUCGAUCCGAUAUUCUCCAUGAGAUGUUCUCCCUCUCAGUCUGUUGGACCAAUUCGAUCAUAUCUGCCUCCAUGUAAACUGGAAGAUUUACCUCCCAUUCACAUAGUCCUCAUCAGCCACAACCACUACGAUCAUCUGGACUACGAAACAAUUAAUGGCCUUUGGACGCUCCACAGAUCGACCAUACGUUUCAUUGUGCCAUUAAAGAACAAGAAAUGGUUUACGGAAUGCGGCAUCGCAGCAGACCGAGUGGAAGAGCUUGACUGGUGGGAGUCUUCAACAAUCACGGCAUCAGGAGCAGAUGGUGCUCGACUCCGAAUCACUUGUACCCCAGCACAGCAUGGUAGUGGUAGAGAUGGUGCAGAUGCAAACAUGACGUUGUGGUCAUCCUGGUACCUGGAACAUCGAGCAACCCAUGGCGACCCAUACAGAGUAUUCUUCGCAGGCGAUACUGGCUAUCAAUUCCAUGGCGACCCAGCAUGGCCUCCCCAGCCACCAUCUCCUGCAAUCAAAACAGAUCCGGAACCAUCUGCGGCGCCAAAGCGACCAAACACCCGGCGCACACGCAGCAAAGAAGCAAAUGUCCAGCCUACCGCAUACCCCGCAUGCCCUGCUUUCGUGGAAAUUGUAACUCGCCUUGGGUCGCCUCAUCUUCUCUAUUUACCUCUAGCACUCGGCGCAACAUGGGCUUACUUCAAGGGCUUCUUCUCUAAUUACCUUCCCGACUCUCUGGAUCCGUUUCCGCGGCAUAGUGCUGGUAUCGCAGGUGCAAUCCACAUGCCUCCCUGGGACGCAGUCCGUGUGUUGCGAGAGAUGACGGAUGAUGCGGCCAGCUCAGAACGACCCAUUGCCGUUGGCAUACAUUGGGGUACAUUUGUCACAGACCAAACGGAGGUACUAAAGACGCUUGGCCAGCUGGAAUGGGCUUGCAGCCAACACAACGUGAAGUUUCUUCGAACACAGGAAGACUCGCAGGACAAAGGCGGGCAGCGAGCACAUUUCCUGGCCUUGAACCAUGGACAGAGCGUGGUAACUUAG